AUGGCGAGAAAAACCAACAAUUGCACCAUAUGCGAGAAUUCAAAUCAACCUUCUAUAUGUUCUAUUUGUGUCAACUACAAGUUAAAUGAGUAUUACACUACGUUGAAAUCAUUGAAAGAGCGUCGAGAUUUCUUGUAUUCUAAAUUGAGCCAAGUUCUUGUCCGUAAGGGAAAGGGAGAUGAUCAAACAAAUUGGAGAGUGCUUCGACACGAAAAGCUUGCAAGGUUGAGGGAGAAGCUCCACCAUAGUCAACAACAAGUUACUCAAGGACGAGCUAAGAAUGAGGCUAUGUCUGCUGAUCUGAAACUUAAAUAUGGAGUACUUGAUUCUGCCCUUUCUAUGUUGGAAAAGAAUCGAGUGGAGCAACUGGAGAAGUUUUACCCUAAUCUAAUAUGUACCCAAAGCUUAGGGCAUGGGGCGAUCACCGCCGAGCGUCUUCAUAAACAGUCUGUGGUCAUAAAACAGAUAUGCAAGUUGUUUCCACUACGCCAGGUAGUAGUCAAUAUACAGGGAAAGGAUGAAUUAUAUGAUCAAAUUUGCAAUGCACUCUUGCCAAGAGCAGUUGAUCCCAAGUCUGUUCCACCAGAAGAUCUUUCCGUAUCUUUAGGAUACAUGGUGCAACUUCUAAAUCUUGUUGUUCACAACUUGGCUGCCCCAGCACUUCAUAACACAGGUUUUGCGGGUUCUUGCUCUCGAAUAUGGCAACGUGAUUCUUAUUGGGAUGCACGGCCUUCCUCGAGGAGCAAUGAAUAUCCUCUUUUUAUACAUCGGCAAUAUUAUUGCUCGCCUAAUGGGGGAGAAAACUCAUGGUCUGAUAAAAGUUCAAGCAAUUUCGGUGUUGCUUCAAUGGAAUCUGACAGGAGGCCUCGUUUGGACUCAUCUGGGAAUGUCCCUUCUGAGGCAUCUACGUUCGAAGCAUUUGCAAAAUUAUUGGCAACUCUCUCAUCAUCCAAGGAAGUUCAAUCUGUUUUCUCCUUGAAAAUGGCUCGCUCUAGGACAUGCAAACAAGUUCAACAAUUGAACAAGUCUGUAUGGAAUAUGAACUCUGCUAUUUCGUCAUCUACUUUGCAGGAAAGUGCACAUUAUGUGCCCACAUCGAGAAUUGAGAAUUAUAUGCCGAGUUCUGCUGCUAGUUUUCUUUAUCCUACUGAUUCAUCUGAUCGAAAACGUGAGUGCCUGAUUGAAGGGUGGGAUAUUGUUGAACAUCCUACUCUUCCUCCUCCGCCAUCACAAACUGAGGAUGUUGAGCACUGGACUCGAGCCAUGUUCAUAGAUGCUAAAAGGAGAUGA